GCUAAGGUAUUUUAGUUCUGUCAGUCCACUUUUGUGCAGGAGGAAACCUGUGCUGGGUUUUUGUUUAGCCAGAAAAACCAGCUGUUCCACUAUGCGGCAGUGGCGGUUACAAAACAGCACAUUUGAAUGGCAGUAAAUGGAUGGUCCCAUUGGAAAGUGUUUAAAGCUUAGUUUUAAAGGUGUUCAGAAAGAGGUCAAAGGUAAAUCUACUGACAUCCACUAAACAAUGAAGAGGCUGAACAGAAAAAAGACUAUCGAUAUAGUGAAAGAACUAGAUGCCUUUCCUAAAGUUCCAGAGAGCUAUGUUGUAACAUCAGCUUUUGGAGGCACAGUGUCACUGAUUGUUUUCAUCCUCAUGGCACUUUUGACCAUAUCAGAGUUUCUUGUGUACCAGGAUUCAUGGAUGAAAUAUGAAUAUGAAGUAGACACAGAUUUUACCAGUAAAUUGAAGAUAAAAAUUGACAUCACAGUUGCCAUGAAAUGUGAAAGGGUGGGUGCAGAUGUGUUGGAUAUUGCCGGCACUGUCAUUGCAUCAAAGGAACUUAAAUAUGAUCCUGUUAGCUUUGAGCCCUCUCCACAGAACAAAAUGUGGUAUCAGAUAUUAGAGAAGAUUCAAAACAGACUGCAGCAAGAGCGUUCACUUCAAGAUGUACUCUUUAAAUCAGCGCUGAAAGGAUACUUUUCUGACCCAGUUCCACGAAAUGAUUCUGCAUCCGAAUCCCAGGAUGCAUGUAGGAUACAUGGACACAUCCAUGUCAGCAAAGUGGCAGGGAACUUCCAUAUCACACUAGGCAAACCAAUUGAUACUAUCAGAGGUCAUGCCCAUUUUGCUUCAUUAAUCAAAAAAGAAGCUGUAAAUAACUUCUCACAUCGAAUAGACUAUUUGUCUUUUGGAAACGAUGUUCCUGGACACAUCAAUCCCCUUGAUGGCACGGAAAAAAUUACAUUAGAGCAAAACAUGCUGUUUCAGUAUUUUAUCACAGUUGUUCCCACCAAGCUGCACACAUCAGAUGUUUCAGUGGACAUGCACCAGUUUUCUGUUACAGAAAGGGAGCGGGUUAUAAGCCAAGAGAAAGGCAACCAUGGUGUAUCUGGGAUCUUUAUUAGGUAUAAACUGAGUCCAUUAAUGGUGAGGGUGAGUGAGGAGCAUAUGCCUCUCUCUGUGUUUCUAGUGAGAUUGUGUGGCAUCAUUGGGGGAAUCUUUUCAACUUCAGAUCUGCUUCACAGAUUGAUUGGGUAUUUCGUUGACAUUAUCUGCUGUCGUUUUAAACUUGGUGCAAAUCAGUCCGAGGUUCUCCCUGACUAGGACAGCCUGGAACAUUUACAUGUACAGUAUUCAUUUGACAGAGGCCUUUAUCCAAAGCGACAAAUGAGAAGCAUGAAUCGGACCUGGAUAGCAUAAACCAACAAAGAUUAUUUAAUAUAUGCCUAUUGCCAACUGCAAGUUCAUAUAUUCCAUUUCAUAAUUACAUCAUCAUCAUUUAAAUAAGUGGACAAAGACAAGUUAAAAUCUCCCAUUGUUAAUAAUUUUUGUAAUGAUGGUCAGACAAUUUAAAAAUGCCAAUUUCAUAAUGUCAGAAAUAAAUUGUCUUUCAAAGAA